AUGUUCGGUUUGUCCCAACCGACAUGGAACAUUUGUCAGUUAGGAGCAGUCUUCUUCUUCAAUUUCUUCUCCUUCUUUACGCUGUCUGCCUUAUCCCAGACUCUCAUUGAAAGUGUUGCUGAAACAGAAGGUAUCAAUAGGCAUGCAGGUUAUUAUAGUGCCUUUCUGACCUAUCUAGUGUUCACAGUUGGACAUUUCGUUGCCACACCAAUUGUGGAGAUAAUUUCACCGAAAUGGUCGAUUGUGGGUGGACUAGUUGGUUACGCAAUGUUCGAGGCCGCAUUUCUAUGGAUGAAUGAGUAUUUUUUAUAUUUUUCGGCCGCAUGUGCAGGAUUCUCUGGAUCGUUACUAUGGACCGGACAGUUUGAUUACCUAGCCCAGAACUGCCAACCACACACUUUGGAUCGAAAUUCUUCAAAUCUAUGGGGGCUAUCUCAAAUCUCUCUGAUAUUCGGAGGAUCCUAUCUCUUGAUCCUGUACAGAUUUCAAUCUGGAAAUGAGUUUCAGAUGCCUUUAAUUCGAACAGUGAUUCUAUCGUUUUUAGUAUGUACAUUGGUGUCAAUAGUUAUCGGAUUUUUCCUACCUAAACCUCAUUUUAGAGCUGAAAGGUAUCAAGUACCGUACCUCAAACAUCUUUGCGAAAUUGUUAAAAUAUCCUUCGAUCGUAACCUUCUUUUCCUUCUAUCAACAUUUUUGUACACUGGAAUGGAGUUGUCAUUUUAUUCGGUCGUUUUCCCAACAAUGGUUUCUUUUACAAAAGCGUUAGGGAAUACAAGAGAUCUCAAUGCGAUUUCGUCGAUUUUCGUAGGAAUCGGAAAUGUUUCUGGAUGUUUUGCGUUGUCUCUUCUCGGAGCACGCGUUCGAGAGAUCGGGCGGAAGAAGAUGGUUCUAUUUGCGGCAGUGCUUCACAUGACAUGCUUCCUGUUGGCUUUUCUGAUGUUCCCCAAUGAAUCUCCGCUUCAACCGACAGAUGCCAUAGGUCCGUAUGUGGUCCUAAUCAGUGGGUUUUUGCUUGGUGUAGGGGACACAAUUUUCAAUCAACAAUGCUACACAAUUCUCAGUGAUAUUUAUGAUCAUGAUAAGCGGAUAGAAGCAUUUGCAGUUUACAGAUUUUAUCAGAGUGCCGCUAGCUGUGUGGUCAUGUUUUAUUCUGCUCAGGCUCUGUUGAAAACUCAUAUAAUAAUCUUAUCAACGUUUUGUGUGCUGGCUACGGUUACAUUCUUAGGAAUACGGGUUCCCGAAAAGUAUCCAGUGACACCAAGUGCAGAAAUGCUGGAGUGA